UCCCGUUCCGCCUUAAAUCGCAGCGGUGGUGUGUGUUUGUUAAGGAUGUGACGCCACGUGUAGAGAAAUGAAAGAGCCCCGCCUCAAAGUGCAGACUCGCUAGGAGAGAAGAGGGCAAGGGUGUAGAGAAGUCAGCUGGCAGAAGGGCAUAGUACUACCGGCAUAAAGCGCCUCGUUCGUUCAUCCGCCUGCCUACCAACCAACCAGUGCCAGGCCUCUUCACGGCUCCGUUUACAGACAGAGCUUUCUUCUCGUCCUCCUCUUCAGACUUGCUAUUUCGGGCAUGGCUUCGAACCGCACCUUUAGAAGCCCCUUCUACAGACCCCAGUGUUUGGCUGCGGCGGCUCCAGCGGGCAAAGCCAAACUAACUCACCCCGGUAAAGCAAUUCUGGCAGGUAAGUUUUGCGGAUCGGGGGACAUCUGCAUUACUUUUCCAACAGAAUAUGUGAAGACUCAACUUCAACUGGAUGAGAAGGCCAACCCUCCUCGAUAUAAAGGCAUUGCUGACUGUGUGAAACAGACUGUCGGCUCUCAUGGAAUCAAGGGUUUGUACCGGGGUCUCAGCUCACUACUGUAUGGAUCCAUACCCAAAGCUGCAGUUAGGUUUGGAAUGUUUGAAUUUCUUAGUAAUCACAUGAGAGAUGAAAAGGGAAAGCUAGACAGUACUCGUGGCCUUAUCUGUGGUCUUGGAGCUGGAGUAGCAGAGGCGGUUGUGGUAGUGUGUCCCAUGGAGACAAUAAAGGUUAAGUUUAUUCAUGACCAGGUGUCGGCUCAACCAAAGUACCGGGGAUUUUUCCAUGGUGUGCGGGAAAUAAUCCGACAGCAAGGCCUAAGAGGAACUUAUCAAGGUCUGACAGCCACAGUACUAAAGCAGGGAUCUAAUCAGGCAAUCCGAUUUUUUGUGAUGACAUCUCUCAGGAAUUGGUAUAAAGGUGAUGACCCCAGCAAGGAGUUAAACCCUUUUGUCACUGGCAUGUUUGGGGCUAUAGCUGGGGCAGCAAGCGUAUUUGGAAAUACUCCUCUUGAUGUUAUAAAGACAAGAAUGCAGGGACUAGAAGCUCACAAAUACAAAAGCACAUUUGACUGUGCCUAUAAAAUCAUGAAAUAUGAAGGUCCCUUAGCGUUUUACAAAGGAACCAUUCCACGGUUGGGGCGUGUCUGCCUGGAUGUUGCCAUUGUGUUUAUCAUUUAUGAAGAGGUGGUAAAAGUUCUGAACAAAGUGUGGAAGACUGAGUGAACCUGGGCACAUGUAAACUAUCUGCCGGAAUUAAAGUGCUCGAUCAGGUCUAUUGCCUAGCAGGAAGAAAUGAAGCGACUGAUGAAACCAGACGUGCCUCAGGCAAAAAUCACACUUGUCACUACGUGCAUUUUACUAGUGACCAUAUUUACAUUGAAAUUUUACCUCCCAUAUAGCUGGAUGCAUCACAUUGUAAUAACUGGAUUACUGCUGCCUCUGUCUGACAACAUGGAAAUGUGUGUAGUGGCUGGUUUUGGAUGCACAGUGCUAUAUAUUAUCCCUUAAAAAUUUAUGUAUGAAACUAAUUUAUAUGAGAGAGGUUUUGUAGCUUAUUCAGGCAGCUCACCCUGAAUCUGAAGUUCACUUAGUAGCUGUACAAUUGAGGAGUAGGCAUAAAAUGAAAUACUAAAACUGAAAUUCUUCACAGAAGUACAGGCCCAAUCUAUUAUAAAACUAGUACAAUGGAGCCUUUAAAUUUGUUUUUUUCCCCCCACAAAGGUGGCCAAAACAGAAAUCUACCUAAGUGAGAAAGGCUUAAGUUAUUAUUUAGCCUAAAGGGCUGCAUAAAACGUAAGCGAAAGAAGGAAUAUUAGAAAACCAAAAAUUACCCAGUGCCAGUUUUGUAAGUCCAUGAUUUUGGAACUUUGGAUUUUUUAAUUGUGUGUGUACGUGUUUUAAUACACUAGUUUUAAUUAAGUGCCACAAGAGCUUGAAAUGCAAUUGUUUUAGCUGGAAUGUAUCUGGUUGUUUCAAAUUUUUACAUUUCUCAUGGUCUUAGCCUUUGGCAUAUCCUAAGAAUGUUAUUUAAUUGCAAGAGUAUUUCCUCUGUUUACAGAUCCUCUUCAUACUAUUUGUUCCUGUACAGACCACAAAGCUUUAAUUCUCUUAUUACUUUUACAUUUAUAUGAUUGAUUUUGUUAUUUACAUCCAUUAAUUGUGUGGCCUUUUCCUUUAACAGUGGCAUUCAGAACCAGCCAAACUGGUUUCCAAAUAAGGUCUAGUGGGUCUUAAAUAAUUUUAAAUCACCAAGUGCUUUGCACAGUUGUCCUCUGGUUCAUGAGCUAGCCACCUAGCAAUUAUGGGCCUUGGGGAAACCUCCCUGUAACAGUGCCAAAUGCAUAUAUGUGCCAAAACAGACUCCAUUUUUAUUGGGAAUGUACUGUGUUGUUUUUCUUUGCAUUUUGUUUGAAAAGGUUUUUUCUUAACAUCACUUGUCGCUUUCCAACAAAAAGCUCUUGUGGAAAACGUCCCAUAGAGGAUUUGUUAUGUUUUAAAAUCAUUCCAUAGAAUAAAGCAAGAAUCAAAAUUCAUCAAUGAUACUAAGGGGAUUUCUUUUCAAGAUCAUUUUGUUAAAAAAGUACUAUUAUACAAUUUCAACUGUGAAAAGAUUUUGUUAAUUGUUUUUCAUCUUCUCUUUAUUAUGGAAAAUUAUGGUAUAAUACAGUGGUUCCCAAGUUCAGUCUGGGUGCACUGUGGCUGCAGGUUUUUAUUUCAACAAAUUUCAAAAUCAGUGUGUUAUUCAUACUUUUAUUUAAUCUCAUUGUUUAGUGAGUAGCUAUAUCUAUAUUCUUAUUCUGAAAUAUUUGCAUUUUUGCCAAAGCAUUAAAUGCCAUUUUCUUUUUUUUUUUAUUUCACUUUUCUAUAUAAUGUUCUUCCUUAAAUUGUCUCCAAACGCAAUUAACACUGAAUGCUAUUAGAAGGUCAAUUUUCUGCUCAUUUGUCAGAAGCAUUCGUAAAUGUACAGAGAAGUGGUAUUGUUUGUACCCUUGUCUGCACUGCUUAUUGCUAAUCAUCAGCCUCUGGAUAUAGUUAACCGAGAAAUGCCACAGAGAGAAAGGUAAAUUAAAAAAAAGAAAACGGCAAAAGAAGCAUAAGCAUUUAAAGUCUUUCCAAAAAGUACUAAUGUUUAUGAAUUUCUUUUGAAAUAUUUGAAUGACAGAAGACUAAAUAAUGAAAUCAACUAAAAGUAAAAAUUAUACACUUGAUUGGGAAAUUGGUUGGAAUAAAAACAAUUGUACUUGGCAGGUUUUUAUUAAACAGUUUACUAUGCAAAACAAUAACACUGCUUUGGGCAGUUAAAAAUGUAAUUCUUAAUUUGGGAAUUUUAUAAACAUUUGUUUGUCUUUUUUGUAUGUAGCUGAUUUUCUAUUAAGACCUGUUAAAAUGCUUAAUACUCCAAUUUUGUUUGGGUGCAGUCAUUUCAAGUUUUCAAGUGAACUUAUGAAAGCACCCCAGCCAUCAAUGCACAACUUUCCCUUUUAAGUAUAGUAGAUAUUACCUUACAUUAAACAAUUGUUAAUACACUAGCAUAUUUAAGAGGAAUUUUUAAUAGACUGGCAUUAGUGGUAAUAUAAAUUUUUAAAGUAAAAUUAUGAGAAAUAAUUCCAUGGUUUUUUUUUUGUUUUUUUUUUCCUCGCCCAGUUUCAACUUUAUAAAGAAUUUGAGUACGUUAAUUUUGUAAUCUGUGUAAUGGAUUAGUCUUUGAUAUCCACAAACUUCACUGUCCCACAGUAUGUUGUUUAUUACUUGCAGUCCCAUCAAGCUAUAAACUGAAGGAUACAUUUCACUCCAUGCAUUUUACAGGUCAAGACUUAUUGGGAGCUGGAGCCUUAGUUAGAAAUAACUCUUCUGUAACCAUUAUGAUCAAGCUAAGAUUUGAAUUCUUGAGCAAAUAUAAAGAUGUUAAAGAUGCCAUUAUUCUAUUACAAAAAAACAAAAUGGGUGUGCAUAAUUUCUCUUUAUGGCCUUUAGGGAAAGUUAUCUUGGCCAGUUUGCACAUUUUGUGCUCAGUUUACUCUGCCAUGAUGAAAAAUCUUCAUGCUUACAAUAGCUUUUUUUUUUAGUUUUAUUUAUUAUUGUAUUUCAAAGUUAAAAUGGAACUUAUCUUUUUAAACUUUUUUCCUUCCUUUGUUUGUCAAAAUGGCAUCAGCAUUGUACAAGUGGACUUGGGAGUUUUGUGGAUGCCCUCAGUCUCAAUGAAUGUGACUCAAAAUGUGAACAGUAGCCAAAAUAAUGUUUCAACUUUUACAUGAAUGUCUAAUGUUAUAAGAUUGAAUUAUGCAAACAGUAUAUACUGUAUGCAUUCUCCUGCGUUCAUUGUAUAUGCAAAUACAACUCUUUUAGAAUUUUCCACAACACUGUUGUAUUCCCUUUGAAGAAGCCAUUGAAUCAAAAAUCAAGAACAAAUUAAUUUUUGCUUUUCCUUAUGAUGUGCUGUUUUAACUUUUAAUUUUUUUUGCUAGAUGUACUUCCACCUUGAUUCCAAGGGUCACCCUGGUGCCUCAGAGCUGUCUCAGUUUACUUGCUUAUUUAAUGAAUGUGUUGUGUGUAUGUGUUUUUAUAAUAUUCAUUUUUUUAAUGUGCUAUCAAAAGACUCCUGCACUUCUGGCCAAAUUCUGUGGUAAACAUGCAAGUGCCGACAACAGAAGGGAAAGGAAAGUAUUUCUCUGCUUUCUUUUCUCAUGCUGUUUCCUUCUGUUAAUUUUUAUUACGUUUAUUUUGGCAGAAUAUAGUCGAGCAGUGUUAUCCAAAUUGCAACUUCUAGUGGACUGGAUAUAAUAUAGCAACAUUUAAAUUAUCAUUAGGAGUGUAAAAUGUGCAUUAAAUAGGUUUGUUGAGUCAGCCUGGAAUGGUUUGUUCAAGUGGACAAGCAGAGUUCAUGUGAUUACAAAAACUCGCAAUGUUUUAGAAAUGACUGAUGAAUUGAUGUUGCACAGGCCAAGUUGGGAUGUGUUCAUCAUAGACCAAUAAGCAGCACUGCCUGCAUCAGCCAUGUCCAGGGUUAGAUCAAAUGCUGCAUUUAGCACAAAGUAGGGUUUUGUAUAUCCUGGAUUUAAUUGAAAUAUACUUGCUACCUACCCUCUUGUCUCACACAAGACAUAGAAAAUUGAUAAAUGCAAAUAAAAA